GAUCAGUCGUCGCUUAGCGAUCGCAGCCGCCACAGCAUCCGUCCUUCGGUCAACCAGCCAACACACUCCUACCAGAUCAGUGACUCCAGGUGUAAGGAUUCGUGUUCGUGAGUUUUGCAAAUUCGCCUGAGCCUCAGUACCUGGUGUGCGAGUUUCGAAACGCCAAACGGCGCCAAGCUCGGAGGAACCAAGGACCGGACCGUGCACUGUAAACGGUGCUCGAAACGAUCGGAUAGUGUCCUGCUGCGCGAGGCACAGGCUAGUGAGACGGUACCUUCGCUAUUUUGAGCUUCGCUCUUUCUUACUAGUGUCCGCGGUUCGGUGCGUCAGUGUCAAUGUCGGUGGCGGCUCGGAAGAGGACCAAUGCUGUUGUGACCACCGCGACCCACCGCUCCCCACUACCGACCCGCGGCGCGACCGUCACGCUACGAACGUGACGCGGCCCGUGAGCCCGCGGUUUUAAGUUUUUGCUCGCCCCGUUGAACGUUACGAUUGUUGAAAUCAAACAUUUAUUCCUUCACGACGGCGACGACGGCCGACGGUGACCGACGACGACGGCGACGACGACGGCGAAGAGCGCAUAAGUUAGAGAGCGAAGUAGCUAAAAAAAACGAACCAACAUACUACCGACGAAGUAGUGGACACGUCCCACGAUCGCUGGAUGAUUUUAUGGAGAGUAAAAAGUAACCUCGUAACGGAAGCCGGUGUGUGCGGUCAAGUGUAUCGAAUCGUGUGUAUGUGUGUGCGUGUUUGAGGGUGGCAGAGCUGGCCAGAGAGGAAGCAGAUUAGUAGCACAAAGCGUGCAUCGGAAGGACUUUUUUAUAAACCCGUAGAUAUUGCUGUUUUUACUACCCCCAACUGACAUUGUGAAGAAGCGAGCCCCGGGUUCGGAAUUGACCACUCUGUAGCAGGCUCCACAGUGACACAAGCGUAACAAUGACGGCGGAUAAAGGCCACACCAACACUGCGUUCGUCGGGGACGAGGGACUCAAUGGCAAAAAACUGUCCCAGCCGAAGGGCAUCGAUCCCAACAUGUACAGCCUGGAGAUCCAGGAAAAGAAACCGGGGCUGGAGACGGACUACGAUCCGUAUCAGCAUCGACACGUCGAGCAUCCGACGACGAGCAACGAAACGUUGAUCCACCUCCUGAAAGGCUCCCUCGGGACGGGCAUCCUGGCGAUGCCGAACGCGUUCCACCAUGCCGGUUGGACCGUGGGCGUUGUCGGAACCUUGCUGAUCGGACUGCUGUGCACCUACUGCAUCCACCUGCUGGUGAAGGUCGAGUACGAGCUGUGCAAACGGAAGCGCGUCCCGAGCCUCAACUAUCCGGCGGUUGCCCACACGGCCAUCCUGGAGGGUCCGAAUGCGCUCAAACCACUGUCCAAGAUUAUCAUCCACGUCGUGAAUGUGUUUCUUCUGAUCUACCAGCUGGGCACGUGUUGCGUGUACGUCGUGUUCGUGUCGUCCAACAUUAAGGCGAUCGCCGACUACUACACCGAAACGGACACCGAUGUUCGGCUGUACAUGCUCAUUAUUCUGCUACCCUUGAUCCUAAUUAAUUGGGUUCGAAAUCUGAAGUUCUUGGCACCCUUCUCGACAAUCGCCAAUUUCGUGACGCUCGUGUCCUUCGGCAUCAUCCUGUACUACAUCUUCCGCGAACCGAUCUCGUUUGACGAUCGCGAAAAGGUGGGCACCAUGAGUGGGUUUGCGCUCUUCUUCGGCACGGUUCUCUUUGCGCUGGAAGCGAUCGGUGUGAUCCUGCCGCUGGAGAAUGAGAUGAAAAAACCGAAACAGUUUGGCGGAAACUUUGGCGUGCUCAAUAAGGCGAUGGUGCUGAUCGUUACACUGUACGUGGGGAUGGGCUUCUUCGGUUACCUGAACUAUGGCUCGGUCAUUAAGGGUUCGAUCACGCUCAACCUGCCCGAAGGCGAGAUCUUGGCACAGUGCGUGAAAGGAAUGUUGGCGUUCGCCAUCUACAUCACACACGGCCUGGCGUGCUACGUGGCGAUCGACAUCUCUUGGAACGAUUACCUGAAGAAAACGCUUGGCGAAUCUCCGCGAAGCGUCUUCUACGAGUACAUUACGCGAACCGUUUUGGUCCUGAUCACAUUCCUGCUGGCGGUGGCCAUCCCCAACCUGGAGCUGUUCAUCUCGCUGUUCGGUGCGCUGUGCCUGUCGGCCCUGGGAAUCGCCUUUCCGGCCCUCAUCCAGACCUGCACCUACUGGCACCAGCGGCAAGGCAUGGCCAAGGUGUGGAUGAUCUUGAAAAACUCCAUCAUCGGCCUGGUAGCGGUGUUCGGGCUGGUGAUCGGUACCUCUACGAGCAUGAUUGAAAUCAUUCACACCUUCGGCCACGACGAGUGACCGGUCACCGUCUGACCUGGACUCCGGGCGUACUGUGUGCGCUAGUAAUCAGCAUCCAACCCGAAGUCAACAUCCGCAACGACGAGACGACGACAACAGCGGGAGAAAAUUAUUAGCCACCACCCAUCACCAGCAUCACCAUUGUGACACCUUCUCCUGCAACAAACAAGUAUUAUUUGGCGUGCAAACGGACGCACCCGGUGACAGCUUCAUCGAGCGGGCGUUUGCGAUCGGGAAAAGCGAAAGCGAGCUAGACGAAAGGGAAAGUGAGAGCGAGCAAGCCAUAACCAUUCCUAGGAGCGAAGCGAAACGGAAAACCUUAGAUGCAUCGGUAUUACGACACUAUCACUACUUCCGGAUCCUGAUCCUGGCUGGGCACGAUCCGCGAGCCGCCUAGUGCUAGUGAGCGUCCCCGUGCUGUGCCGAUGUGUACGCGUGUGCGGAUCCCAUCUCCUUCUUUUUGUUUUUAAGAUACGGUAUUCAAAUGAACAAAACAUUCACAAUGUUCCCUACGAUCGCAACGAUCGCCUGUGAAGCGGUGGAUUGUGCGCUAGGAGCCUCCACCUGGACGAACGUUUUUCUAAGACUAGCCUGGUAAGCGAAAUAAUUCGAUACAAAUGCCGUGAAUCGUGAAAGUUGUGUGUACAUAGUGUAAGUGAUAAAGCAAAUAAACAUUUAUUUUAAUU